AUGUGUGGACGGUAUGCCCUUGGAGUGCGGAUGGCAUUUGUCCGACGGCGUCUGCAGGAGCAAGGGAUGCAGAUUGACGAGGUCCCCGAGGAUGAAGAAGUGAGAGAAACAUACAAUUUCGCACCAGGGUAUAAUGGUGCUGUCUACCGGGCCGAUGUCUCUGACCGCGGGUUCGUUGACGACGCGCAAGAGCAAGGCACAACAGACGACCCCCAGGAGCCAUCUCCAGAAGCUGUCAACAGUGUAGAAAAAGACCAGGAUCGGAAAUGGAGGUACAAGAUUCAGAGCAUGAGGUGGGGACUCAUACCAUUUUGGACGAAGCGGAAACCCGAUUACGGAUCUCUGAUGCGAACGAUCAAUUGUCGCGAUGACUCUUUGAUCGAGGAUCGCGGAAUGUGGACAUCCAUGAAGCGGAAGAAGCGAUGCAUUGUGAUCUGCCAAGGCUUUUACGAAUGGUUGAAGAAAGGACCUGGAGGUAAAGAAAAGAUUCCGCACUUCAUCAAGCGCAAGGACGGGGAUUUGCUGUGCUUUGCCGGACUGUGGGAUUGCGUGUCGUAUGAAGGCUCGGACGAGAAGCUUUACACAUAUACCAUCAUCACGACUUCUUCAAACUCGUACUUGAAAUUUCUCCACGAUCGAAUGCCAGUGAUACUCGAGCCCAACAGCGAAGCGAUGAAGAUGUGGCUGGAUCCCGAACGGACAACUUGGUCCAGUGAAUUGCAGUCCAUUCUGAAACCGUAUGAAGGGGAAUUGGAAUGCUAUCCAGUCUCCAAGGAGGUCGGCAAGGUGGGAAACAACUCGCCCGACUUCAUCAUUCCGAUCAACAGCAAGGACAAUAAGAGUAAUAUCGCCAAUUUCUUCGCCAACGCGAAGAAGCAGAAGGGUGGAGCAGUCUCCUCCGCCAGGGACGAGGACGCCAAGGAAACCUUGCACUCUGCCGAACAAAAGGUGGUGAAAGAUUCGGAUGAGCCGCGCAAGACUCAAGACAGUCAAUGGAGUGAAAAUAAUGCUCCGCUGCCGGAACCAGGCGUCAAAAGAGAGUACCCUCCGGACGGCGAUGACAUUGGCGAUCUAGCCCCGAAGAAACAGAAAACCGAGCCAGCACCUUCACUCUCCCCAACAGAAAAAGCACAUGAGCUGAAGGCUAAGUCUGAACGGAAGACGACAACAUCGACUAGGAAAACGCGAAGUGCGACGCACAACGACAAGCCUCUAAAGAAGACAAAUGGGAAGACGACUGAUGGUUCUCAGCGAAUCACAAACUUUUUUCAGAAAUGA